CGCGCCGCGCCAGGCCUCAUCCCUUUUGUGCCAUCCGGGUCUCUCGCGCCAGAGAAAGUCUGUGGCGAAGCUUCGGGGUGGCCAGUACUGUUGAGCGCGUCAAGCAGUGGUGCCGCGUUAGCGGCCGGGACUCAAAAACAAUGGCGCCCAGAGCAUAAAUACGGAGAGGCAGAACAUGUUUUGCUGUACCUCUGUGCCAAGGGGAUAUUUUCAUUAAAGAAGGUUAAUUAGGUUCUCAGGCUACUGAUACAGAACGAGAUGGACUAGCCCCAGAAAAGACAUCCCCGGAUAGAGAAAAGAAAAAAGAACAGUCAGAUGUAUCUAUUUCUCCUAGAACCUCAAAACAUCACUAUUCAAGGUCACGGUCACGAGAAAGAAAACGAAAAUCAGAUAAUGAAGGAAGAAAACAUAGGAGCCGGAGCAGAAGCAAAGAGCGUGCUAAUGCGCGAAGAGACUGAACUGAAGACGCUGCAGACUCAGAUAGCAAAAUAAUAAGCCUACUUCAUGAUAAGAACCAACUUCUUGUUAAAACAGGCAAGAAGACAUGAAUCCAAAGAUAAGUCCUCUAAGAGACAUAAGUCUGAGGAGCACAAUGACAAAGAACAUUCUUCUGAGAGAGGAAGAGAGCGAUUAAAUUCAUCUGAAAAUGGUGAGGACAGACACAAACGCAAAGAAAGGAAGUCAUCACGAGGCAGAAGUCACUCAAGAUCUAGGUCUCGUGAAAGGCGCCAUCGAAGUAGAAGCAGGGAACGGAAGAAGUCUCGUUCCAGGAGUCGGGAUCGAAAAAAGUCUCGAUCCAGAAGCAGAGACAGGAAGAAGUCAAGAUCUAGAAGCCGCGAUAGAAAACGAAGGAUUAGAACACGUUCCCGAUCAAGAUCCAGACACAGGCAUAGAACUAGAAGCAGGAGCAGAUCAAGGAGUCGAAGUCGAGAUAGAAAGAAGAGAAUUGAAAAACCAAGAAGAUUUAGCAGAAGCCUAAGCCGGACACCAAGUCCACCUCCCUUCAGAGGAAGAAACACAGCAAUGGACGCCCAGGAAGCUUUAGCUAGGAGAUUGGAAAGGGCAAAGAAAUUACAAGAACAACGAGAAAAGGAAAUGGUUGAAAAACAAAAACAACAAGAAAUGGCUGCAGCAGCUGCGGCCACUGGGGGUUCUGUUCUCAAUGUUGCUGCACUGUUGGCAUCAGGAACACAAGUGACUCCUCAGAUAGCUAUGGCAGCUCAAAUGGCAGCCCUGCAAGCGAAAGCCUUGGCAGAGACUGGCAUAGCUGUGCCCAGCUACUAUAACCCAGCUGCUGUGAAUCCAAUGAAGUUUGCUGAGCAAGAGAAAAAGAGGAAAAUGCUCUGGCAAGGCAAGAAAGAAGGCGACAAAUCUCAGUCUGCUGAAAUAUGGGAAAAAUUGAAUUUUGGAAACAAGGACCAAAAUGUCAAAUUUAGGAAGUUAAUGGGCAUUAAGAGUGAAGAUGAAGCUGGCUGUAGCUCAGUUGAUGAAGAAAGUUACAAGACUUUGAAGCAACAAGAAGAAGUUUUUCGGAAUCUUGACGCUCAGUAUGAAAUGGCAAGAUCACAAACCCACACACAAAGAGGAAUGGGUUUGGGCUUCACAUCUUCAAUGCGUGGAAUGGAUACAGUUUGAAAACAAUAUCAAUUUGGGACUUUAUAGACUUGUUCUGAUGUCGGGUCCUUGUUCACCAAACAGCUAGUAUUCUAGCUUGCAUGGGUGUUGCAUUGACUUUAAUUUAUUGAAAAAUGGUUUUUAU